AGCAGAUUGGAUCGAAUCGGUGAAGUUCUCUUUGUCCCAGCGCAUGGAGGCAUUGGAGAUGAUUGCGUCAAUGAAGGAGGCGCAGAAGCUGCGCCGGAGGCUGAGAAAGAGCUUGAAGGAGUUUCUCUGUCCGUUGAGAUGCCCCUAAAGGAGCUGAAGGAGCUGUGUGAGAAGCUUGGAAUCCCUAAGAGUGGUGAAAAGCCGAAGGUGCUGCAAAGGCUGAGGAAUCAUCGUGAACUUCUUGAGAGACAGUUGGCUGGGGAUGUUGCUCGAGCUCUGUUUCGGGAGCAAGAGAGGAGACCAGAGGGGCUCAAGGCCCCCAUUCUCCCCACUAAGGAGCAGCAGGACCUCCAUGCCAUAACCCAUCAGCCGUUCCAACCUUGGUGUCAAGCAUGCGUCCUGGGGAGAAGCCGACAGUCGCCCCAUAAAGCAGUCAGCCUCGAAGCAAGGGAAGAAGAGGUAAAGAAGGACGCAAAAGAGCUCAGGCCAGUGAUCCAGAUCGACUACUGCUACACCUUCACAAAGAAGAGAGGAGAGCAGCAGCUUGAGGAGGUUGAACAAGGAGAUGAGGACCAGAAGAUGGCAAAGGAUGAGCUUGACUAUCGGGACCAGUAUGGUCUAAAUUGCUGGCAGCCGAGUCGUCAACAGGUUGGAUACAGUGCAUACCUCUGUUGGAGAAAGGCGAUCACUCGACUCAGCAUGCAAGUUGGAGGUGGCGAAGAAGUUGUGCUUCAAGGCGACUCGGAGCCGGCCAUCCAACAGAAAGGACCAAGUGUGCUGUACAAGGACACUUGCCCAUAUUUGCAUGGCUCCUUCGUCAUGCAGCCUUCGUCCACGCCGCUUCUUCGUUGGUUCGCGAGGAGCAGUGGAAAGCAGGUCAGUGAGGAGGAGAACCAGUGGGAUAGCGAUGGAGUGGUGUCAGCCCGUGGUCUGUCUUGGGACUCUGGGAAGUCAAAGCGAAAGCGACCGCUCUACACGGGUCGUACGCCGUUGCUCCCUGAUUCAGCCUCCUUGCAGGAGCUGGCCAAAGCAGCUGGUAGAGCUGCAGCUGAGUCAAUAGCUGCAGGCACUCCAAGACCACCCGUGCAGGACGAAGCAGGUUCGGAUGAAACAUCAAGCUCCUCAAGCCUGAGUGUGGAAAGCCCAAGCCCCAUGGAAGUUCCCACAGAAGAGGCGAAAGCAAAAGCAGUUCCCACAGAAGAGGCGAAAGCAAAAGCAGUUCCCACAGCAAAGGCGAAAGCAGAAGCAGUUCCCACAGCAAAGGCGAAAGCAGAAGCAGUUCUCACAGCAAAGGCGAAAGCAGAAGCAGUUCCCACAGCAAAGGCGAAGUAG